AUGAUCAUUGAAUUUAUUAGAAAAAAUAAAAAAUCAUGGCUUCCUAUAAUAUUAUGUAUCUAUGCAUUCCUUAAAGAAAUAAAAGUUGGUGAACCUUUUGUCUUUAAAUACCAAACAACAGUUUUGAAUUUUACUGGAAGUGUUUUAUCAGGACAAGUAUAUCCUUUAUCAGCUUAUAGUUAUUUAAUAUUUUUAGUACCAAUUUUUUUAUUAACAGAUAUUUUUCUUUAUAAACCUACAAUGAUCAUUGAAAUGAUUGGACAAGUAACAUUACGUUAUUUAUUUAUUUAUGGAUUAUCUUUAUUUGAACAACAAAUUGCAUAUAUAUUUUAUGGUAUUGCUUCUGCUUCAGAAAUAGCAUUUUUUGCCUAUAUUUAUGCUAUUCUUGAUAAAGAACAAUAUCAAAAAUUAACAACAUGGACUAGAGCAGCUACAAUGGGUGGAAGAACAACUGGUUAUAUUGUAGCACAAUUGAUUAUCCUUGCUGGUAUUGGUGAUUAUUUAACAUUAAAUAAAAUUGCUUUAGUAUUUCCAACAAUAGUAUUAUUUAUAUGUAUAUUUCUUCCUCGUGUACAUUGGAAACAUAUGGUAAUAAGAUUAUUUGAAACAAAUGAUAAUUGUAUUGAAAUGAUAAAAAAUGAAGAAAAACCAGAUUGUUAUUCUAAAUAUCUUAUAUUUAGAUUUAAACAACUUAAAAAUGAUUUUGUUAAAAUUUAUAGUGUUGGAUAUAUAAGAAAAUGGUCUUUUUGGUGGGCAAUGACAACAUGUAUGUCAUUACAAGUUGCAUUGUAUGCUCAAACCUUAUGGGGUGAAGCAUCUGAAAAGAAUAAUCCAUUAAAUGGAUUUGCUGAAGCAGCAUAUACAUUUACAGCUGCAUUUUCAAUUUUAUUAAUGAAUAAUUUAAAUAUAAAUUGGGAUAAAUAUGGUGAAAUUGUUUUAGUAAUUAUAUCAACUAUAGAUGGUGGCCUUCUUUUCAUUAAUGCAAUUACAUCAAAUAUUUUUGUAAUGUAUGGUUGUUAUAUAGGAUAUAGAAGUUUUUAUCAAGUUAUGAUUACAAUCGCGCAAUGGAAUAUAGCAAAAAAAAUGAUGUGUGAAAGUUACGGGCUUGUAUUUGGUGUUAAUUCAUUUAUAGCCUUAGUUAUGCAAUCAAUUAUUGCUGGAGUUAUAAGUGACAAACGUGGGCUUGGAAUGGAUGUUCGUUCCCAAUAUAUUGUAUAUUGUGGUUGUCAUUUAUUAAUUGCAAUAAUAUUUUUGUGUUCUGUUAUAAAUACCUUAAUAUCAAAUAAUUUAUCAAAUAGUAAAAUUACUAGUAGUAUUUCAAAACAAUUUUCAAAUUGUGAUCUUUCAAGUCACACUGAAUCGGAUGUUGUUUGA